AUGGCUCAACUCCUGGACUCACUGCUUGAUGUCGCAAGCUCUCCACCAACCAGUCCAACAGCGCCCGCCGCGGAGCUUCCUCCAGACCCUGAUUCUGUCAAUCUCGGCACAGGCAACUCGAAUGCUGCAGCCGCCACUGAAGACGCGGACUCGGAUUCCACAUUGUCUGCAGCCAACAACCCACGUGUUGGUGACAAACGACGUGCGGAGGAUGACCUCAUCCAAUCCGCCCAACAGAUGGGUCGUCGAGUUCGCCUCAAGCCAGCGGCACAGCAAGCGCUCGAUGGUGUCGCAACGAUACUAUGGAUUGUCGCGCGCAUGCUCAAGCACGAAGAGCGGCUAGAUACCAUUCAGCCUGCGGAAGCUCAGUGGACCCUGCCAAGAGGGUUAAAGGAGAAGAUUGAAGUCUAUAGCCACCUGAUAAUCGUCUCGCCGCUGUUGCCCGCUUAUGUCCGAGGUACAAUACCGAAUAAGCGCAUUGUGUCGUUGUUCGAGCGUCACACGCAAUGGGGUUAUACACCUGAAGUCUGCAAUAACUCGCACAAGAACCUGAUUGUCAUGAAGCGGAUAACACAGCGCAUCUGUUACGGAUAG